UAAAAAAUCAGGUGGUGACAUGCAUGUCUUGCUAUCAAGUGAAUCGUAUUAAGCUGUUUUACCAUCCAGGAUGUGUAAGCAAGCAUAGGAUUGAUGAUAAAAAUCAAGAAUUGGUACCGUGUUCUGGCCCAUUUAACAGAUUUACAAUUGAAAGUGAAGCAGAUAUGAAGAAGGCAUCGGCAGUGGCCGGGGGCGGCAGGGACAGGCUAGGAUCUACAGGAUCUACAGAAUCGUUUACCACGCCAAGUAGUGACGUGAUAAACGAACCUGUAAAAAGAAUAUCAGGAGCGAGUGGAUCAUCGACUAUUGACGUAAAAAUAGAUUGGCUGAUAAAAAUUGUAAAAGAAAUAAAAGAUGAAACAGCAUGUAAGAAGGAAAUUAAAAUGAUGGUCAAGGAAAUAGUUCGAGAAGAAUUGGGAAAUGUUAAGCAGGAACUGCUAGAAGAGUUGAAAAGAAUGAUACAGGGAGAAGUAUGUGGAGAGAAAAAGAAAGAGAAUGUUAUAAUUAUCAAACCCAAGAUUCAACAAGAGAGUGAAGUUACAAAAAAAUUGAUAAAAGAAAAGGUAGAUAUCAAAAACAUGGCGAUGGGAAUAACGAAGCUAAAAAAAGGAAGCAAGGAGACAGUGAUCAUGGGUUGUAAAACUGGAAAAGAAAUUAAAACGUUGAAAGCCACAGUGCAGGACAAACUAGGAGAAAAUUUCAAAGUUAUGGAAUCACCGCAGAUGAAGCCCAAAAUAAAAAUUAUCAAUGUCAGUGAAGAUGAAAUGAGAUUGGAUGAUGAUGACUUAAUAACUACAAUCAAGAAGCAGAAUAGAAUUGAUGCAAUAAAUGAUGGAUUCCAAAUGCGAAUAGUGAAGAAAAUAGUUAAAGAAAAAAGAAAUGAUAAUAAUCAACUUAGAAGAAGAGAAAAAGAAGAAGGUUCGAUAAUAAUUGAAGUAGAUGAAGAAACGCAUGAAUUGAUGUUGAAAAAAGAGAAACUAAAUGUAGGAUGGAGAAAAUGUCCUAUUAAUAUAAGUGAUGAACACGACGCCCUUAGCCCGGAAUAUCCAACAUUUAAAAAGGCGAUACAGGAGGAGAAGAGGAGAGCCGGCUGGGAAAUAGCAACUACAGAAGGAAGCGGAAAUAAUAUUGUAUACAAACGCGCAAAAUUUGAUGGCGCAUAG